UUCGUUUUCAGGAUAUCAUUUGUAUUUUAAGUAACCACGAGUAAAAGAGCCUCUACCAAGAGGCAAAAACAACAAAAACAAGGUCUGGACGCUGCAGAGGAUCACUUCAAAGAGGCUUGCGAAAUAUUUCAGCGAGAAGCAGCUAGACUUCGCCAAGAGCAGGUAGCGAUCGACGCCAUGUCGAAGAAGUUGGAACAUGCUCACUUUUCUUCAACUAUACAGCUAAAUGUCGGGGGUCAUCGCUUCACAACAAGUCUUCAAACGAUUACCAAGGAUCCAAAUUCAAUGCUGGCAGCCAUGUUUUCUGGGAUGUUUGAAAUGAAACCUAGUGAAGACGGCGCUUUCUUCAUCGACCGAGAUGGAACACACUUCCGGUUUAUACUUAAUUAUCUUCGCAACGGCAAGUUGACUUUACCAGAAGGUGCAACAUUUCUCAAAGAACUUGCUGAUGAAGCUGAGUUCUACCAGAUCCAAGGAAUUCUGGAUGAGUUGAAGCCUAAAGCACCGAAGAAUUUUGAAGAAUCAGUGAUUCUGACAAAUGAAGAGCACCGAAGCAAGCUUAAUAGUUGGCUGCCUCAAUACGAUAGAUGGCAUCUACUGUUCCGAGCAUCUCGAGAUGGCUUCAGAGCUCAAGCUUUUCACGCCAAAUGUAAUAGCAAAGGACCCACGGUUACAAUUGUGAAAAGUGGAAACAAUAUUUUUGGAGGCUUCACGGAAAAUUCGUGGAAAAGUCACGCUAACUACGUGCACUGCUCACAGUCAUUCUUGUUUAGCAUGGUGAAUCCGCAAGGAGUGGCCCCGAGUAAACUACCUCUUGUGAAAAAUCAGCAGUAUGCCAUUAAGUGUAGGAGCGACCAUGGACCAACCUUUGGAGGAGGGCAUGACAUAUAUAUAUCACCUAACGCAAACACAAGUGGUGCAAGUUACAGUAAUCUCGGCCACACGUAUCAGCGUCCCACCGGACAGCAGAGCACAUUCUUCACAGGAGCUCCACAUUUCAAUGUGACGGACUUCGAAGUCUUUGGAAUCUGCUAAUGACAGCUGUCACAAACAUUUGAGAAGCCAGCAGGCUAAACUUCACAAUGAUUUGAACUAUCUACUCGGUUAACUCUUUGAAAAGCUUAACUUUUAAUUCCAUUUUUUACAUCGAAAAGCACUAUUUCAUUCUGUCUGCAACCAAAGUAAAGUACAAGAUUCCCGUAG